AGUCAUAAUUUUUCAUUGGUAUAGUUAUUUUUGCAUAUCACUGCAAAGCCAAAUUGUAAUUGGGUUUCGUAAACGUAUUUAAAGACCUAUUAAUAAAAUGAUUAGGCGUGAUAAAAAAGAUGAGGAAUAUCCCGGUGUUUAUUUACAAAAUCUUGAUAAGACCAUUAUCCGACAGGAGAUGCGAUAUUUUAAUUCUCUACCUAUUGAUCCUAGAAAAUGUGCACAAAUCUUAAUCAACAUAGUUUGUUUAGUAAAUCAAGGAGAUAAAUUGACUACACAAGAUUUGACUGAUAUGUUUUUUGCUACUACGAAAUUAUUUCAAUGUAACAACGUUGAGUUACGGCGCUUUGUCUAUUAUACUAUUAAAGAAUUGAGACCGCACGCACAGGACGCAAUUAUAGUUACUUCUUCUCUCACAAAAGAUAUGAUUGCAAAAGAGGACAUGCUACGAGCUGCUGCUAUUCGAACCUUUUGUACUAUUUCUGAUACUUCAAUGUUGCAAGGUAUUGAACGUUACAUAAAACCAGCAAUGUUUGAUGGAAAUCCUGCAGUGAGUUCAGCUGCAUUAGUGUCAGCAUAUCACUUGGCACCAGUUGUUCCAGAUGUGGUUCGCCAAUGGGUAAAUGAGGCCCAGGAAUUAAUAAUGUCUUAUAGUGCGAUGGUUUCCUAUCAUGCGUUGGGAGUAGUUGCCCGCAUACGUCAUAAUGAUCAUUUGGCAUUAGUGAAAUUGAUAACAAAAUUAAUCCAGAAUCCACCACGCUCAACGUAUGCAGUUUGUCUACUGAUUCGUUAUGCUGCCAAGUUAGCCGAUGAAGAUUCAACUGGUGCAUCUAAUGUUUUUAUAGAUUUUAUUCAUUCUUGUUUACGUCGUAAAAAUGAUAUUAUAGUGUAUGAAUCUGCUCGUGCCCUUGUCAAUUUAAAAUCAACAAACGGAGUUGGCGAGGCUUUAUUAGCGCUUCAAAUAUUCUGUGGGUCAUCUAAGCCAAUCUUACGUUUUGCUGGGGUACGUACUUUAGCUAAUCUAACUACGAAAUACCCAGAUGCUCUAUAUUACAGUAGGAUGUUUUUAAAAAGUAUAAUAUAUGACUCUAAUCACUCUAUUGCUACUAUGGCAAUUACAAUGCUUUUAGGAAUUGAGUCUGAACUUAUGAUUGUACGCCUGAUAAAACAAAUAACAUUAUUAAUGUCGGAAAUGUCCGACGAAUUGAAAAUUGGCGUUAUUUAUGCAAUCAGACCUCUUUUUUUAAAAUACCCUAGGAUGAUUACACCUUUAGCAUCCUUUUUAGCAGGUCAGUUUCAACAUAAAGGUGGAUUGCAGUUUAAAACAGCUAUUGUUGAUGUUUUACUUGCUAUAAUUGAUGAUAAUUCCCAGUCAAAAGAAAUUAGUUUAGGAUUUCUUUGUGAAUUUAUUGAGGAUUGUGAGCAUACUUCUUUAUCUGUGCGAAUUGUAUAUUCCAUAGGUGAACGGGCACCAUAUACAAAAAAACCAUCUAGGUUUAUUAGCUAUAUUUAUAAACGUAUGCUAUUGGAUUCAAGUCCUAUACGUGCUGCUGCUGUAACUGCGCUUGCAAAAUUCGCUGCAAUUUGUAAUGAAUUGCUUCCAGACAUCAAAGUGCUAUUAAGACGUUGUUAUGUAGAUGACGACGAUGAAGUUCGAGAUCGCGUAAUUUUUUUUAGUACAAUACUAGAAUGUGAGGAUCCAUCCCUUAUAAAUGCCUAUAUUACUAAUACACCCCGUCCAAAUCCAGUUUUAUUAAAUCACGCUCUUCGCUGUUAUCUCAUGUCAGACAAUACAGAACCCUUUGAUAUAUCCACCGUUCCAGUUGAUCAGCCACAUGAAAUUCAUAAUGUUGACAGAAACAACACAGAUAGGCUAUCUCGCGAAGAAGAAUAUAUAGAACAAUUAAAAAUUAUUCCUGGCAUUGAAGACAUUGGACCUAUCUUUAAAAUUUGCGAGUUGAUUUAUUUAACAGAACCAGAAACCGAAUACCGUGUUCACUGUAUAAAGUACAUAUUUGCAAGGCACUUGAUAUUACAAUUUGAAUGUCUAAAUACUCUGGAUUAUCAAUUUCUUGAAAAAGUUCGCAUUCGUUUAAUAUCUACAAUGGGUUUUAAAAUAUUGGGUGAAGUUUCGUGCGAUCAAUUAAUGUAUGAUAAAAAAGGAAGUAUUUUCUUGCUGUUAGAAUUUCCAGAAAGUCCUUUACAAACUUUAAUUACAUUCGGAGCUGUUUUGGAGUUUAUAGUUCGUGAUUGUGAUCCGAAAACUGGACUUUCAAAAGAUGGUUUAGGUUAUGAGGAUACAUAUUCAUUGGAAGAUAUAGAGAUUAGUUGUGAUGACCAAUUUAAGUUCAGUGUUCCGACUGAUGAUUGGGAGGUUUCAUGGGAUAGUUUUUCAACAGCAGUAGAAGCAUGUGAUACUGUUGAAUUCAAACAAAAAAAAAUAGGAGAAGUUGCACUAGCCGUUUGCGAGAAUCUAGGACUCCACAAAUCAGGCAUUAAGGGCGACGCAGUCAAGGAUAUAAGAGCAGCAGGAGUAUGGCGUGAGGGUGACCGUGUAUUGCUUAAGGCACGUUUGGCUACUUCCCAAGGCAAAGUUACAAUGCAACUUGAAGUUCGGUCCACUCGUGAAGAUAUCGCAAAGCUUCUCUUAUUUGCUGUUGGUUAA